AUCGUACCAUCCGCUAUACUCAGUCUGUGUUCUGCCGUUCGACCGUCUACACGUGUCAACAUUCCAUUUAAAGUUUAAUUCUCCUAUUAAACAUUCAUUAGUAUUCCCUUCUUCCUCAUGGCUAAAUUCAUCGACUUCAGUGAUUUUCUCUCCCCGUAUUGAUUCUGUUGUGUUUGUGUGUACUAAAGACUAUUAGGAAGCCUCAGUGUUUUGUGGCUCAAGUUUCUUUAAAAUUCCCUCUGGUAGCUGUAUACAUGCAUCAAUAUUCGAACGAGCUCAUCCAAAAAAUGACAAUUACCCUAAUGUUCCGCAUCAACCCUAUUUACUAUUCGGAUUAUUCGGAUACGAUCUAAGAUCGCAUUUUAAAUUAUAUCAAACAAAAUCCUACCUUUGUCAUUGGUUGUACCAAUUCGAGUACUACAAGUUUGGGGUUUAUCCAAAAGAUAUUACCUGAUCUUCAAUCUAGUUGCAAGGAAUCGAAAGAAUGGAUAUCGUGGCAAAUUACCACCCUGUAUUCAAGGCGUUCCUUGCUGGUUCGUUUUCGGGAACAUUCAGUACGAUAUUGUUUCAACCGUUGGACCUGGUGAAAACGAGAUUGCAAAACUCCAGUCAGAAUGUUGUUGCGGCGACUGUCAACAGCCGAAUCCAGCCCGGCAUGAUAACAAUAUUCGCUAACAUCGUGCGUCAAGAACAUAUCGUUGGUCUAUGGCGUGGCAUGGUACCCUCCGUGGCGCGCUGCGUGCCAGGAGUUGGAUUGUACUUCUCCUCCCUCCACUGGCUUAAAUCUAAACUGGGUAAAGAAAACCUGGGACCAAUGGAGGCGGUCUCUCUUGGGGUCAUCGCCAGGACUAUGAGUGGAGUUGCGUUGAUUCCCAUCACUGUUAUUAAGACCAGGUAUGAAUCGGGUGUGUAUAAAUAUAACAGUUUGAGCGGUGCGUUAAGGGACAUCUACAGGGCAGAGGGUGUUCGUGGAUUGGUGUGCGGCUUGGGCCCAACUUUAGCAAGGGACGCGCCUUUCUCCGGGUUGUAUCUGAUGUUCUACACACAAACUAAACAAGGAAUACCUAAAGAAUGGCUACAAUCUUCAAGCACGGCCAGCGUAGUGCACUUCUCGUGCGGUGUACUUGCCGGCGUUGCUGCCUCCCUCGCUACCAACCCCGCGGACGUCCUCAAGACACACAUGCAACUCUACCCUGACAAGUUCCCUAACGCCUUUAGUGCAGCUAUGUACAUACAACAGACUUACGGUGUUCAAGGUUACUUCAAGGGCGCGGUGCCGAGGAUGCUACGAAGGACUUUGAUGGCAGCGAUGGCUUGGACGGUGUUUGAACAAAUAACUCGAUCUAUUGGCUUAAAAUGACCUUUUUUGAUGCUAAUCGUGAUGAAAAGAGCUUAGCAGAAUGAUAUAGUUCCUUAGAAGUUAAAGCAAGAUGUAAAUGGUUUUGUUAGCAUAGUUUUUGUUAUAAGAAACAAAGUUUCUCUGUCCUGUUAUAUUUAGCAAUUUAAUUGUGCCAUUAUAUUAUUUUUUUUACACCAUUUCUUUUAAUUUCACUUCACUGUUCUAUGAGAAUUCUCUCGUAGCUAUUUUUCUGUCUUGUAACAAACUGUGAAACAAACAAACAUAUUGUCGUCUCUCUUAUUCUAUAUGAAAAGAAAAGGGAUAGCAAUAUGUUUGUCAGGAUGUUUCGAUAAUUGAAUGAAAUGGUGUUCCUAUAUAUUUUGUGAAGUUCCUUACCACUCUGUCACUUGGUUUAUUAUGUUAAUCAUUUUUUACUAAAUGUAUGCUCAAUGGGAAUACUUUUAUUUUGUACUAACAUAUUUUAUUUAUAGUCAUUUUAACCAAUAGGUUGAGUUAAUGUUACAAAAAAAUAUUAACAUAUUAAAAUAAGGUGCA